GGUAACAAUCAAGAAACCGCAAAAUGAAUGUGGAUCUGAAGGAAAAAGGCGACAACAUAACCGAAGAAACCAUGAGUUUGAUCUCUUCGCUUCCUUCACACGCAGAUGCUCAAGGGAAGAAACUCUGCAAGUAUCAAGGAACUUGGUAUUACUUCAACAUUCUCCAAGGCGUUGUUAAUUUCCAGAGAAACUUUCAGCCUCAAGACACCGAUAUAAUUCUUGCUUCCUUCCCCAAAUCAGGCACGACUUGGCUCAAGGCCCUCACCGUCGCUCUCUUCGAGAGAUCAAAGCACCGUUCUUCUUCUGAUGAUCAUCAUCCUCUGCUAUCUAAUAAUCCUCAUGGCAUAGUACCAUUCUUCGAGAUCGACAUGUACCUCGAAAGCUCAACACCGGACUUAACCAAGUUCUCAUCAUCAUCAUCAUCUCCGAGGGUGUUCUCGACUCACAUGCCACUGCACACCAUGAAAGAAGCCCUCAAGGACUCUCCUUGCAAGAUAGUGUACGUUUGCAGGAACGUCAAGGAUACGUUGGUCUCGCUCUGGUGUUUCGCUUGCGCUCAUGAAAAAACAGAACUAAGCAGAAGCCGUUUGGAGUCGAUGUUUAAAUCUUUCUGCAACGGAACUAUCUUUUAUGGGCCCUUUUGGGAGCAUGUCCUGAGCUACUGGAGAGCCAGCAUGGAAAACCCUAGCCAUGUCCUUUUCAUGAGGUACGAAGAGAUGAGAUCGGAGCCUCGUGGUCAGGUUAAGAGACUUGCGGAAUUUUUGGGCUGUGCUUUUACCAAGGAAGAAGAAGAGAGUGGAAUGGUGGACAAGAUCUUGGAUCUUUGCUCUCUGCGUAAUCUGAGCGGUUUGGAGGUUAACAAGAGCGGAAGAAUAAAUACCGUGGAUCACAAGAUUUUCUUCCGUAAAGGGGAAGUCGGCGACUCGAAGAAUUAUCUUACUCCUGAUAUGGAGAAUGAGAUCGACAUGAUCAUCCAAGAGAAACUUCAAGGUUCUGGUUUGAAAUAUUAGAGAUUUCGUCUUUCGUUUGAUGCAGAACAUGAUGAGAAAGGUAACUUCCUUUACGUUACUUAAUAAAUUGUAACUUUGCUGCUGUGUUUUAAAUUAAUA